GUCGUGAGCGCGAUUCCGUCGCGCCGCGUACUUGAGGAGCCGCAUGCGGCGAAGAAGCGGCGGAACGGAGGGUGAAAAGGAGCGCGAAGAGAGGGAGCCCCCGAAAAAGAAGAGAGGAUUCUCUCCUGUCGAGGGGAUCGUCGCGUCGGGACACAACGUUCAGUCCGUCCACGUCCGCUGUCGGAGACGCGACCGGAAGACCGGUUUUCCCGCGCGAUUGCCUCUUCCUGCCUCCGAGGAGAACGACAAGAAUCGAAACGGAACUUCUUCCUCUUCCCUUGUCGUCGAACGAGAGACGCGUCUUUCGCGUGUGCGCGAAUUCUCAAAGAUUUUAAUCCACCACCUCGCGAAUCUAGAUUGAUUGUAAAUGUUGGGGAUCUCCGUUGGACGAAUCUGUGCAUAGUUUUCGGCUCGAUUAUUUUCAAGGAGACAAAAUUGUCGCCUAUUCCGUAGUUACACGACCGACUUCCUCCAUGCAAAUCGCCACUUUUGUCCAAACAAUGACGUCGCGCGUCACGACACGACAACGUCUUUCCCGGACUGUAUAAAAGCCCGCGGACUACAAGAGCUCGGCACGUGGAUAAUCAUUGAAAAAAAAAAAAACACGUUCUUUUUAAACGAGAUACUAGAAACAUUCCCUUUGGGAAAAAUUCAAGGAACGUUUAAAAAAAUAAAACCAUUCGCAUGAUCCUGGCAUUCGCGAGCACGGAAAAAGAAGAGGAAGCAAACGGUUGCGGCUUAGAAGGUCCGUCAUAUGGGGAGGAAAAGAGCGAAGAAACAUUAGAGCGUGGCGCGCGAGACGAGAUCGCAAUGAAAGUCAAUAAACCGUGAUGAGUAACGGAGAGUAUAGUGGUCGGAGUGGCAUUAAUAAAUUAGUGUCUACUUGCUGCUACAAGCAACAGCAGCGGCAGCAGUAGCAGGAGUCCGGAGGAGGAAGAGGACGCGAAGAGGAAGAGGUGGCGGCGGAGGAGGCGCGGACCUCGAGUGCGUGCGUGCGUGAGGUGUGUGCGCGUGCGAAUACAUGUGACCGGGCGGCCGUGUCGAUGCGGGGAUUUGGCCAGUGUGUCAGUGUGAAAGAAGACAAUUGACUCGCAACCGCCGUCCGUCGGACGGUGCUCGGCUCGACAGGGGCCUUCUGACGUCACAUCCGGCUUGUACGAGCCGCGAUCUCAUCUGGACCACGGGCGCACGAAGCGAAUGAGGAACGAUGAUCUACCGCGACAAAAGGGUCCUCGGGAUCCUUGUCUUGCUCAACGUAAUAGUAAAAAUUUCGGCGAAUCAGACGAAUUCGCCAAAAACGGACAUGGUAGAGGAAACAGAAGUUUUUACUACGGUCAAAAAGAUCCUACCCGACAGGUGUCUAGCCAAGAUGGAACCGGGACCUUGCACGCACUUUGUCCAUAAAUGGUACUUCAAUAAGACCGAAGGGAAAUGUCGACCGUUUCCUUACGGCGGUUGCAAAGGAAAUGAUAAUCGAUAUAACUCGGAAGACGAGUGUCUUUAUUACUGCGUCGGUGGUGCUGAUCAUACGCUACCGCCUUACGUCGUGACGAAAGGCAGUGUAUUUGUCACGAGCACCACAACAACAAGUAGUCCACCCUCGACAACAACUUCCAGUACACCACGACCAACCUUUACACCUCCGAAACCGACGAAAGCACCGGUACCGAAGCACCAACGAGGAAAGGAAUUAACUUUCAUGGAAUCUGGCCACGAGAAGACGUUCAUGUUUGCGCAAAGCAAUACUUUCAUUCAGCUCGAUGGUUCUGGUAUCACAACUUUUCAAUUGAGAUUAUGCCGCGAGAUAUCCUUUAAGUUUCGCACCAAGCUUCCACACGGUUUGCUAGUUUAUCACAGCGUCAAAAAUCGUCCGCAAGGCCUCGUUCCUUACGCACUUUACGUGAUAGUGGAAAAGGGUCAAUUGAAAGUUGUUCAUGUGUUCGGCAAACAAUCGACUAGCCUGACGGUCGGCGAAGGUCUUAACAGAGACGAAUGGCACAGCGUUCUCGUGAGAAUCGACGUGCACGGAGCGAAGUUAAUCGCUAGAGUCGAUGAUAAGAAAGCCGAGACCACUUUAAAGGUUCUCGAACGUGUUGUUAAUUACGGGGUAUCCGAAGACUUGGCCUCGGUCGUUCUAAUCGGAGGGUUGAGCUCCGAAGAACGAUUACACGGAGUGAAAUAUAUAAUAGAGUCGUUUGUUGGUUGCAUCAGGGAUAUGGUUUUGAGUUCCGGAAAAUCCGCCAGCGAUUUGCUGCCCAUUCGACCGCUGAUCGCGACGAAGCAUGAGAACGUUAAGGAAGGCUGUAUCGAUAAGUGCAGGACACGAGAGAACUUGUGCUUCGUCUCAGAUCAAUGUGUGAAUCAUUAUAAUAGUCUGACAUGCGAUUGUUUCGGAACGAAAUACGAGGGCGAACGUUGCGACGUGUAUACCGCUACGAUACUGACGCUAAGAGGCUCCUCGUACGUGUCUUUCCGUGUGUAUGAUUGGAAGGAUCGUGUUCAUUCGUCUGUCAACAGGAUCAGCCUCGCUUUUAAGACUAGAUGGGACGAUUCAGCCUUGUUUUACGCUUCUGGCGAGAUCGAUGGCACACCACAUUACGUUGCAGCUUCCAUUAUAAACGGAUCGGUCUACGUUGAACUUGAUUUCGGACACAAGUCAAAGAUCUCCACUAUGCUAGGCGAUUACGUCACGUCUGACCAUUGGAACAAUUUGACUAUAUUCCAUAACGGAUCCCUCGUCUUCGUCAGCUUAGACGACGAGGUGAAGGUGCUGGAAGUACCGGGAGAAAAUUACAAUAUGAUUAUUGAUCCGGAGAUAUACAUCGGUGGCGGUCCGGAGCUUCACAAGAAGAAGGGUCUUCUGUCACACAAUAAUUUUGCAGGUUCCUUGAAGUAUGUGUUCUUUAACGAUAAGUCGAUUAUAUACGAACUGAAGCGCUUCAAUCCUAUGGUGCACUAUAUCGGUGUCUUGGAACCCGAAUACUAUGAAGCCAAUGUCGAAGUCAUCCCGAUCACGUAUCCUUUCGCGGGAAGUCAUAUCUGGUGGCCCGUCGAACAAACCGAUUCGCUGAAGUUAAACUUCGAUUUUAAGAGUUCAAAGCCAAUCGCGGUCGUUGCAUCGGGAGAUAUAAAGAGCAGUCGUGGUGUUGGUUAUUGGGAGCUACGUCAAGUCAAUGACGAAAUUCGUUUCCAAUUAGUACCUGUUAUGACUGAGAAUAUUACGGUGAUAACUUCGGUAAAAUUUCCGCCUUACAAUACUUCUUGGCACGCGGUCGAACUUAAUUACACAAAAGGCGAGCUCAGCAUCCUGGUCGAUUACAAGAAUAAGCAGAGUAAACUCUUUGCUUUGACGUUCGAGUUAGGUGAUAAAGUUAUUAUAGGAAGCGGUAAAAACAAUGCCGGUCUGGUAGGAUGUAUGCGCGAGAUACGAGUGAAUAAUCAAAGAAUCGAACCUAGAUACGUGAUCAACACCGAGAGAGUAAUCGGAGAAGUCGCUUUAGACAAUUGUCAAUUUGUGGAUCCGUGCAAGAGACCGAACACUUGCGAACAUGGCGGUAAAUGCUCGGUCAAAGAAGACAGGAUCACGUGUGACUGCACAGAUACUGGAUACAUGGGGAAAAACUGCCAUUUUGCACGAUAUAGAAAAACCUGUGAGGAAUUGGCUCUUUUGGGACACACUCAGGAUGACGUUUACAAAAUCGACAUCGAUGGAAAUGGUCGAUUUCCGCCCGCUUCGGUAAAAUGCGAAUUUCAAUCGAUCGAGGAUUCGACCAAGACGAUUGUCGAGCACAAUUUACCCUCCCAAAUCGACGUCAGAUCUAUAAUCGAGAGCGACUUUUCUUUCAACAUCAAGUACAGGCAGUUCACUGCCGAGAUGCUUCAGGAGCUGAUCUCACACUCGCUUUAUUGUAGCCAAUACGUAAAGUACGAUUGUUAUAAGGCACCCUUGGAGUUGCACAGUGCCACGUGGUUUCUGGGUUCGAAAGGCACUACUGUUGAUUACAUUGGAAAUGUCAAUCGCGGGUCAUGCCCUUGCGGAAUGAACAGAACAUGCGUGAACUCCAACUUGAGCUGUAAUUGCGACGUGUCCGCCGGAAAUGCGGGAAAAUGGCUCUCAGAUGAAGGAUUCUACGAAACACCUGAUUCUUUAGGUAUCACGGGAAUGGUAUUCUUACAACAAAGAGAUCUCGAGGAGGAUGCUCGAGGACGUAUCACUUUAGGACCAUUAGAAUGCGUUGAGACUAAUACACAAAAGUACGUGGUAACAUUUACGACGUCGCAAUCGUAUAUCGAAGUGCCGGGUUGGAGGAAAGGUGAUAUAGCCUUCAGUUUCCGAACGACGGGCGAAAAGGCUAUUCUUUUGUAUCAGCCGCCGAUCCGGAGCAACUAUCCCUCCUUCAUGGUCGCGCUAACAUCCGAGUAUCAGUUGACAUUCAAUUUCACCCUAAACACCGGCACUAUUCGCGAGUUAGAGAUAAAAGGCCGGCGCAAGCUCAAUAAUGGCGAAUGGCAGAAGAUUUGGAUCGACUACAACGACUAUCACGUGAGAUUCAUGAUUAACACCAACUCUGAAAUGGUUGAUUUGUUGCCCGAGGAGGAGUUUGGGCCCUUCGAAGGAUCAAUGUUCAUUGGCGGUGCUACCGCAGAGCAUCUGAAGACUUCUUCCGUUCGACAAGGUCUCAUCGGCUGCUUUCGCGGUCUAGUUGUCAAUGGAGAGAUAUUAGAUAUUCAUAGUUAUAUGUCGGUACAUCUAUCGGAAAUUAUUAAGGAUUGCAAGCCUUCAUGCCAACCUAAUAAAUGUCAGAAUAAUGCCAGGUGCGUCGAACUGUGGAGCAAUUUCUACUGCGUAUGCGAGAAUCAAUGGGCGCAUUUAGGCACUUUUUGCGAAACAAACAUCAACAACAAAGCCCUUACAUUCACCUCGCCCGGAGCGUUCCUGAAGAAGAAUUACUUCGGAUCGGAGAACAACGAGGAAAAGUUGCAGCUGAAGAGCAUGCUGCAGAAAAAUAUUCUGAUUAAUUUAAGGACUUACGACACUCACUCUCUAAUACUUUAUGCGAACGAUCAUUUAAACAACUUUGUACAUCUUUACAUCUCGAACGGCACUAAUAUCGUGUAUCUUUUCAACGCCGGCAAUGAAAUCAAAAACAUUACCGUCUCGAAUCCAAACGUCAACAAGGGAAUCUCUGUGCAAAUUGCUAUUAUUCGAGGCGAAAAUUCGACCACGCUGCACGUGAACGAAUAUAACGUCACAUUGAAUGCGGCACCCGUACUUCUGGAUACAUACUCAAACAAGCCAUGGACAAAUCCGGAGAAAGAAGUUUUAGCACCGCAGCGACCGCCGGCGUCCCCCACCGAUUAUUUUCAAGUAAAUUUAGGAGGUUUCGAUCCCGGCAAUUUGCUGAGAGUCGGAGAAGAAGGUGCCUUAAUUCAAGGUUACGUCGGUUGUUUGCGAGGACUCAUGAUUGGCGAAUAUCUAGUUGAUCUGCCGAGUUUAGCUAGCGAAGCAAAUCACGAAGGCAGCAAAGGCGUUCUACCAAAUUGUCAGAUGAAGUGCGACACGAUGCCUUGUAAAAAUUUGGGAAUCUGCACGGAAGAUUUCAACAGGCAGGAAUCUUCCUGCAAUUGCGAGCUGACGUCUUACUUUGGCGAAUAUUGCGCUGAUGAAAAAGGCGCCGACUUCAGCGGCGAGAGUGUACUUCAACGAGAAUUCGAACUCGAGGGCGAGGUAAAUCAGGUGAAGGUUCAAUUGGCAUUCUCGACGAACGAACUGCGACAGCGAACUACCGCGUUGCUGCUGGUGCAGACCGACAAUAAAAGAAGCUACUACCUAUUAGUGGCUUUAACGUCCGAGGGACAGCUCAUCUUCGAGGAGGACAGAGAUGGCUCGGCCGCUUACGGAGUGCGUCUGAACGACCGGAAUUUCUUGAACGGUGCACGUCACAGCGUUUAUUAUGUUCGCGAUAACAACACCGCUAAUCUCUUGAUUGACCGCGAACCCGCCCAAUUGAUACCACUUCCGGGACUGCCGAUUCGAGCAGAUGAGGAUGAAACCCCCGGUGCCACAGAAAUUCAGCUUGGUGGAUUAAAUACUACCGAUUCGCGAUUUAUCGCCUACAAAGGAUAUACCGGCUGUCUCAGCAAUGUCGUGAUAUCGAUCAACGGGGGCCCCGGUAUGAAACCGUUGGAAGAAUAUAUGCUCUUUACGAAGCAAGCUAGCGAGACCGUUCGGGCAACGAUACCCGCCGGUGUUAGAAGCGCUCAAUGCGCGGUUUUCCAUGCUCAACCGGGUGGUCUUGAACCGCCCAGAAACGACAGUGUGGGCCGUGAUCGGGAAUGGGUCGAGGACCCGCCGGAGAGAAUACCGUACAAGUCACAGUAUUCGAGCGCGACUCAGGAAGAGCAAGGUGCGGGAACGUACAUCUUCAUAGCUCUGUGCUGUGUCUUUGUGGCUGCGGUGAUCGGAUGCAUUUACGAAGUGUGGCGAAGCGCUCGCAAGGAUCGUCAACGACGUCGCAGAGCGGCCUCGGGAGCGGCGGCGACCGUCGCAGCUUCCGGCUCGCAGCGUUGGCAACCGCAACAAUACACGGAGUCUCUAGUGACCGCGACCGGCGUGAAAGCGAUCGGUUUCAAAAAUGUGAUGGACGACGACAAGAGGCCGAAUGGCACGCACGUGAAAGUGCCUGGUGCCAAGGAAUAUAAACCACUGCCGAAUACGGAACCCAAGGACUUGAUGAACGAUAAGAAGGUUCACAUAAAAGCAGACGAAGAACCAGAGAAAAAGGAGCUCCUAGGGGUAAAUACAGGCAUCAUCACUAAACCUGCGAAACCGAACCCAUUUUCAAUGGAAGAUCUAAGAGAAGAACCUGAACUGGAAGAACGCGAGGAGGAAGAGGAGGAAGAAGAGGAGGAAGAGGACGUCCAAGAGCCGGAGGCGGACAAGAACAAAGAUGAAUCACAGGAGGAGCAACAAGAGGAGCAGGAAAAGAACGAGAGUAAAGAUGAAGAUGACGAGCCCCUCGUCAGGCCGGUAAGAAACAAGGCGGCAAGGAAAGCUUCCUUGACCGAUGAAUUGGACCCAGACGACACGCAGGCCCUCCUCGAGACCAACUUCUCCGUGACGGGUUUAAAUGAAAUCAAAACCGAGCGUAUAAUACCCAGAGUAAAUAAUACCACAAAAAAUAUCACAAAGAGACCGAUGAGUCUUGACCUCAGUGCACCGAUCAAGUUCAGAAAGCUACGCGAAGGAGCUUGGCCCGAGAAGGUCACGGCGAGGUUGAUCGACAAUGAAGUGAGUCUCCAGUCUCGAGGUAGAGGCUACAUCGACGCCGCGUAUCGCAUUCAGGACAAGUAAUUAAAUCGACUGACGACAAUAAUUAAUACGUUCAAAAUAAUCCCACGUUUCGACCAUUGUAUAUAUCGCGUAGAGCGAUCGUUUUCAAAUGACAAUCACGUGUACAUCUAAAUUUUAGGACAGUAUAAUUUAGCAAUAUACAUAUAGUAUUAAGAAGAUCGUUGAAUGUGGUUAAAAUGUGACGUGAUCAAUUUUGUUAUAUAAAUAUCUAAUAAUAUUUAAUUUAAAAUAUCUAAUAUUUUGUUUAAACAAGAAAUUUAUGAAUUGGAGAUAUCCAUCGCACUCUCGGUUACUCGUAAUCUUAUCCAUUCAAAAUUACGUUUUUCACAUGAAAAGAAUAGAACUUUAUUAUUAGAAAAUAAAAUAGUAUAGCAACUUGUUCCUUCAAUGAUGAAAAAUAACAAUUGAUCAAUGUUGCAAAUUCAGUAAAUUGCUUCUAUUGCCUUCACAGAUAUCUAUACUAAACUAUAGAUUGCUAACUUGUCACGAUAACAAUGGCAUGGCUUGCGUCCGAUAGGAUUCCCAAUGUAUGAGAAAAAAUGGCCGCCGCCG